CACAGAGUCAGCCCCGACUCUGCUCUCACACUUCGCCUUUCAGAAAAAUUGGCCUCCUGUCACCCCUCUCGAAAUUUCAACACCCUCGACUCCCCCGGUAGGUACGACCAUCGACUAGGACAGCAUUCAAGAUGGUCAAUCUGCGAACUCAGAAGCGCCUUGCCGCGUCGGUCAUCGGCUGCGGUGAGCGCAAGAUCUGGCUCGACCCCAACGAGGUCAACGAGAUCUCCAACGCCAACUCUCGCCAGACCAUCCGCAAGCUCGUCGCCGAUGGCCUCAUCAUCCGCAAGCCCGUCACCAUGCACUCGCGGUCCCGUGCUCGUGAGCUGAACCUGGCCCGCCGCAUCGGUCGCCACCGUGGCUUCGGUAAGCGUAAGGGUACCGCUGAGGCCCGUAUGCCCAGCCAGGUCCUCUGGAUGCGCCGCCUCCGUGUCCUUCGCCGUCUUCUGGUGAAGUACCGUGCUUCCGGCAAGAUCGACAAGCACCUUUACCACGAGCUUUACCACUCCAGCAAGGGUAACGCCUUCAAGCACAAGCGUGCUCUCGUUGAGCACAUUCACCGUGCCAAGGCCGAGAAGGCCCGCGAGAAGGCCCUCAAGGACGAGAUGGAUGCCAAGCGCGCGAAGACCAAGGCCGCCCGCGAGCGCAAGGUGGAGAGACAGACGGCGAAGAGAAACGCUCUGUUGGGCGAGGGCGAGGAGGAGGCCAAAUAGAUGAUCACGAUCGAUCUCGGUCCUUAGGCGGCUGCAUUCGGAGUCAUCGGGUUGGGUCUUCUUUUUUUACGUCCUACUGUCCCUAUUGUCGCAGCAGGGCUUUGGCAUGUAGCAUUGAAAAAUGGAAAUCGAUGACAUGGCAAAUUACGGGAACGAAAAUGAGUAGCAGCAAUUCUUUUACGGUUCUACAUAUUCAUGAGGUCCUCGUGACAUUUUCCUGGUCAUGUCUGACGAUAGAUACCCUUUUUCAACCCUUCUCAGAAUCGUUCACCAAAUGGACCAAACGCUCGUCUCUCUGGGUGAAGUCUAAGCGUCAUACACCGAGUGACUAUUACCGGUCAUCAAGCAUUGACCACCACCUGAUG